CAGGACCAGCACGGCUACGAGCGCCACGGCAACAUCCGCAACGGCGACCACAUCGACGACCUUGACCACCACGACCCAGACCUGGACCAGCACGUCGUCGUCCACGAGCCUCACAAGCGAGACGACGCGCACGACCACCACCGCAUCCAGCACCGCGACCCAGACGAGCAGCACCUCCUCCCGCACGGCGUCCUCCACCACGGCGUCCUCCCGAACGACAUCCUCGAGCACGUCGUCGUCCCGAUCCGCAUCCUCCAGCACUACGGGGUCUAGCGAGACGGCCACGACCCAGACGGCCUCGACCCAGACGGCCUCGAGCCGGACGGCCUCGAGCCAGACACUUACGGCCACGACCUCCACGCGAACCGUCAGUGCUACGCGGAGCACAGAAACGACCAGCACGAGCAUCACAAGCACGUCCUGGACGGUGACCGCGACGCCCACGUCCGUCACCUCCGCCACCGUGUCGACGACCUCAGCGUAUACGACCUCCCGCACCAGCAGCACGCCCUCGACCACGACGGGGACGCUCACGGACACCAGCCGCACCACUGCCACCAGCAGCACGCCCUCGACCACGACGGGGACGCUCACGGCCACCAGCCGCACCACCGCCACCAGCAGCACGCCCUCGACCACAACGAGGACGCUCACGGCCACCAGCCGCACCACCGCCACCAGCAGCACGCCCUCGACCACAACGAGGACGCUCACGGGCACCAGCCGCACCACCUCAAGCAGCCUCACUGCCACGACAACCGCCACGGCCACCAGCGCCUCGUCCACCAGCGCCUCGUCCACGAGCACCUCGCGCAGCUCGGCCACCGCCUCCAGUAGCACGGCGACCAGGACGGCGUCGCAGACGCCCACCAGCGCGACCGCCGCGAGCACCGCCGUGACCUCGCCCAUGGCGCCCGCGCCGUCCGCGGGCACCUGGCCUGCGGGGCCGGAGGGUACCGCGCCGUCCACGACCACCGCUUCGCCGCCGCAGGACGCGCCCGCCGACCUCGAGACCGUCGCGGGCGUCAUGGAGCUUCAGGUCGGCGACGCCGCGGCUUUCGUGGAGGACGACCUCGCGCGGCGGGCCCUCGAGGCGGCCAUCGCCCUGGCCGCGGGCGUGGCCACGUCGGCCGUGAGCGCGGCCAUGGAGCUGGGCGGGCGGCGCCUCAGCCUCGGCGCGGGGGUGCCCGUGGUGCGAGUCCUCUACACCGUGCUGGUGUCGGCGGACCGGGCCCAGGAGGCAUCGGCCGAUUUGUCCCAGGGCGCCGAGGGCGCCAGCUUCGCCAGCCUCCUGCAGGAGCAGCUAAGCGCGGCGGGCGUGGGCGAGCAGUACGGCGACGUCGCCGUGCUGAGCUCCAGCGCGGCGGUUGCCGGCGCGGCGACGACGCCGGCCCGGAUCUCUCAGGAGGGCCCCGACGCAGCACUUCAGGACGAGGAGGAGCACAACGAUGAUGCCUCCCUGGGCUCGGUCGCUCUGGUGCUGGGCUCGCUGGUGGCCGUCGCGUACUGCUGCGCGACUCUGGCCUGCUGCUUGUUCGUGCAGCGGCGGCGCGUGGAGGCCGCGGAGCGGCGGCGGGACCUCUGCGCCAGGCCGCCCGCCGCGGAGGAGGUGCACAGCGCGCUUGCAUUUGCCGCCGACGCCGCCCAGCCGAAGCCCGGCAGCCCGCCGGUCGCGGGCAGCCCCCUCGCGCUGCCGGAGGUGCUGCCCCGCGCCGAGCUCGGGCUGGACGACUACGACGACGAGGAGCUCCUGGAGAUGGGCUGCCCGCCAGCGGGGUCCCCGCGCAGGCCCCUGCGGCUGGUGUUCCCGGGCCCAGAGGACCAGGGCCCCUCCGCCUCCAGCGUGUCCGUGACGGUCCACAGCAGGCUGGCCCGCUUCGGCAGGCAGGGCCCGCACGAGGGGCCGCGCGGCUUGAAGCCGAGCCCUCGCAUGGCGCCUCGCGGCGCGGGCGUCUGCCUGACGCCGAGCCCGCGCAGCGAGGCCGCGUCGCCGCGGCCCGGGGCCCCGCCCGCCCUCGGCGAGGCGCCCGGCGCGGGCGAGCUGCCGCCCGGCACCCCGAGGGACCCAGUCGUGACCUGCAGCCCAGGCGUGCCGCCCACGAGCCCUGCGGGAGCGCUUGGGCCUGACACGCCGCCCACCGACCUGGUUGGGCUCUCCGGCCUGGACGCGCCGCCCACACGCCUGAGCGAGGUGCCCGCUGGCCACAGCAGACCGUCGAGCCUGGAGGAGUGGUACAGCGGUGAGUGCAGACCGAGGCCACCCAGCCUUGACACGCCGCCCGCGAGCCCCAGCGUGGCGCCAGGUCUGGGCGAGGUGCCCGCCAGCCCCAUCCAGAGGCCGCCGAGCCUGGAGGAGUGGCGCGGUGCUGCCGGCAGGCCGCCCAGCCCAGACGCACCUCCCAGGGCUGUACACAGCAGGCCGCCCAGCCUGGACACGCCGCCCGCGAGACUCAGCACGGCGCCCGGCCUGGACGAGGUGUUCAUGGGCUCAGGCCGGAGGCCGCCCAGCUUAGACACGCCGCCCGCGAGACUCAGCACGGCGCCCGGCCUGGACGAGGGUUUCAUGGGCUCAGGCCGGAGGCCGCCGACCUUCGACAUGCCGCCCGCGAGUUUCAGCGUGGCACCUGGCCUGGGCGAGGUGCCCGCGAGCCCAACGCAGAGGCCGCCGAGCCUGGAGGAGCGGCGCGGUGCUGCGGGCCUUCCGCCCAGCCCUGACGCGCCGCCCGCAUGCCCCAGCGCGGCGCCAGGCCUGGGCGAGGUGCCCGCGAGCCCAACGCAGAGGCCGCCGAGCCUGGAGGAGCGGCGCGGUGCUGCGGGCCUUCCGCCCAGCCCUGACGCGCCGCCCGCAUGCCCCAGCGCGGCGCCAGGCCUGGGCGAGGUGCCCGCGAGCCCAACGCAGAGGCCGCCGAGCCUGGAGGAGCGGCGCGGUGCUGCGGGCCUUCCGCCCAGCCCUGACGCGCCGCCCGCAUGCCCCAGCGCGGCGCCAGGCCUGGGCGAGGGGCCCGCGAGCCCAACGCAGAGGCCGCCGAGCCUGGAGGAGCGGCUCGGUGCUGCGGGCCUUCCGCCCAGCCUCGACACGCCGCCCGCGAGCCCCAGCGCGGCGCCAGGCCUGGGCGAGGUGCCCGCCAGCCCCAUGCAGAGGCCGCCCCGCCUGGAGGAGCGGCGCGGUGCUGCGGGCCUUCCGCCCAGCCUCGACGCGCCGCCCGCGAGCCCCAGCGCGGCGCCAGGCCUGGGCGAGGUGCCCGCGAGCCCCAUGCAGAGGCCGCCGAGCCCGGAGGAGCGGCGCGGCGCUGCGGGCCUUCCGCCCAGCCUCGACGCGCCGCCCGCGAGCCCCAGCGCGGCGCCCGGCCUGGGCGAGGUGCCCGCCAGCCCCACGCAGAGGCCGCCGAGCCCGGAGGAGCGGCGCGGCGCUGCGGGCCGGCCGCCCAGCCCGCGCGCGCCUCCCAGGGCCGUGCCCGGCGGGCCGCCCAGCGCGGGCACGCCGCCCGCGAGGCGCGGCACGCCGCCCCGGCGGGGCGAGGCUGCAGCGGGCCCGGGGCGCUGGCCGCCGAGCCUGGACAUGGACGACGCGGACAUGGACUCGCCGCGCAGAGGCCCCGUCAGGUCCAGCUGGGCUGCCUCAAGGCCCGGCGUGCCGCCUGGUGCCGCUGGCAGGCCGCCCAGUCCAGAGAGACCGGAGCCGCCCCGGCGCACCUCCGCGCCGCCGGCGGGCCGCCGGGACGAACCCAGCGCGCUUCGGGUGGUGCUGCGGACGCCGCACCGGCUGAACCUCCGGGGCGCGCCACAGGCGUCGGGCAGCGGCGGCCGCGCCGGCCUUCUGCAGCCGCGGGGCGGGCGCUCGACGCCGCAGCGUGGUGGACGCAGCCAGAUCGGCCGCGGUGGCGGCACAGUCUCAGCAACGCCGCACCACUCGCCGCGUGGGGGGACGCUGCACUGACAUCCCGCCAGGGAGACGGCGGCGCCCUGCGCCGGACGGAGAGCUAACGAACCAUGCGGGCCCGCGCGGGGGGCCCUCCGCGCGCCUCGCCCCCCGCGCCCGCACGCUGGGGGCUGCGGGGGCCCGCGACCGCCCUCAAUGCAGGGCGCAGGGCGCUGGCCGCCCCCGCUGCCGUCGGGCUGGCCGGGGCGGACGAGCGAA